CAGGGGACAGCGUGAAUGGGUGGGAGAUAUUUAUACCCAGGGUCAGGGAGAGAGCGGGCAGGCGGCCGAGGGCAGGAGAACUGGGACUGCCUGGGUACGGAGAGACCACUGGCUGAGGUGUGUAGGGGCAGGGCAAUGGCAUCUCCCGGCCACAUCCUGAUUGUCUCUGUGUGUCUCAUCUCCAUGGCCAGUGCAGAAGCUCCGCAGGAACCAGAUCCAUUCACCUACGAUUACCACACCCUGCGGAUCGGCGGCCUCACUAUCGCUGGGAUCCUCUUCAUCUUGGGCAUCCUUAUCAUCCUUAGCAAAAGAUGCCGGUGCAAAUUCAACCAACAGCAGAGAACUGGGGAACCCGACGAAGAGGAGGGAACUUUCCGCAGCUCCAUCCGCCGUCUGUCCACCCGCAGGCGGUAAACCUCCACCUGGCUCCAGGAAACUCAGCCAGAGCCCCCUUGGCACCUGACACCUCUCCCCACCCAGCUGCUCGCCUGUGACCACCUCCAGCGUCCCCUGCAUCAGCCCUGCUUCUCGGACACCCCUUGCUGCUCAGAUCUCCAAUAAAACUCGGUUUUCCUUCUUGAUA